AUGUCUCAAACCAUCCAAGAAAAGUUGCCAUCUUUCGCAUUCGAUCAAGCUAUACAAAUUCAGACGCAGCCAAACACGGGUCAUCAACCUCACCAUACUCACGAUGUCCAAGGAGAGCAAAGGGUACGACAAGCCAUUAAAGCUGCUGCUCAGCGCAAUACCGCCCUACUCAGCCAGCUCAUGGCGACAGCGGACGCGAUGACCGCGUUCGCCAAUAGCGAGGUCAAUGUCGAUAAGACGAGAGAAGAACUCGCAGUGCAGGACUCCCUCGUCGAGAAGAUCGAGCUCGAAGCCGGUGUAUACAGAAUCCGUGUUUCAGAGAGGCGCAAAUUCCUGACAAGAUGGUUCUACAUCCUGACACGCAUGCGACGGCAGCUCGACGAGAAGAUCUCGGGAGCCGAGAAGACUUAUCGGAACGCCGUCGUGGCUCAGUCGCAGGCCGAGAAGAGACAGCAGGCCCUUCGUCGCGAUCUUGCUCAGACUGAGAAAGAGCACUCCGUCCUGGGGGAUCGUGCCAAGCAGCACGCUACGGUGCACGAAGAGCUCGACAAGUUGUACAAAUCCAUCUUCUCCGGUCCAACGCCAGGUUUUCCAGACGAAGACGAGCUAGAAGCUCGCUACAAUGCGAAACACGAGAAGCACACCCGUGACGCCCGGUCGCUCAAGCUUGCUACCAAGUCCUCGAAGGAGGCGUCGGCGAUAGGCAGAGCUAUCGACAUGGCCAUGGACGAGCUGGAGAAAGCGCAGGAUGAGGCGACGUCUCCCUUCUUCGGCUCAAAUUAUGCUACACAGUACAUCCGAAGAGCUGCACUGUUUGUCCAGAAGGCGGAGGAGCUGAACAACGACCUGACUCAGAGCCUCGUGAAGCCGAUCGAUCGAAGUCUAAUUGCUAUGCAUAAGAGGUUGUCAGAGUACUUCGCAUUGGCACGGAAGACUGCGACAGAGGGCUGCGACGGUGCUCUUCACGCUGGCAGUGACACGAUAGAAUGCAUCGAACAGGUCAGAAGCGAGCUAUCGCAUGCAUCGGAAGCACAAGACAGGAUCAAGGCCACCAUUAGAGGCUACCACAAAAACGCUACCCGAGCAGUCGCAACAGGCUCAAGAGAACUUGAGGACGCAAGACAGGCACUGCACGGCAUCCGCCAAAACGCCUUCGAGAAGACUGUCGGAUUCGGUGCGGCCGCGCCCGCAUAUCACGAGUGCUGCGAUCGUGCGAAGGGAUUUGUGGACGAGGCUGUUGCUGAAUCGGCACCGGUCACCGAUGAGGGGAUGCCGCCUCCACCGACCUAUGAGAAGGUAGUUGAGGAAGAAUAG